AUGGACGAGGAACACAGGUGUUGUAUCUGCAAGAAGGCAUUCAAGACGGAGAAGGCGCUGUGCGGGCACAUGCGGACCCACCCGAGGUCCUGGAGAGGAGUGAAGCCACCCCCCGCGGCAGUACCGGCAGAACAGCAAGGUCGUGAUGUUCGAGAAUCGGCUGAGGCGGAAGAGCGAGGUCGUAAUGUUCCAGAAUCUGCCGCAGCAGAACAGAGCAUCCCUGUUCGAAAAUCGGCUCCCAUCAAUCAGCGCGCCGAGGAUGUGAAUCCGAGGAGAUUGGAAUCUGUUGUGAAUCAACUCUUGCUUCUUGCCGAGAAGUCACGUCAGCGGCCGCAAGGUGCUGAUGGUGGUAGCAGUGAGAAUAAAAUCACUAGUCACAGUAGUACUGCUCGUGGCGGCGGCGGCGGCGGCAAUGGGGAAGUUAUCAUGAAAGACGGGUUCAAUCAACCAGCGAGCAUCAGCGUCGUCGCUGCAGGGGCAGAGGCAGGGGCAGGGGCAGGGGUGGCGGUGGGCGCAAUCAUCGCUGCGCGCAAUGGAACAGUGUCUGACGUGAAAAAGGGAACGAGCUCGAAAAAGAAGGGGAGCAGUAGCAGCUCUGCCGCAGGCGGCAGCGGGGCCCACACAUGCGAGAAGUGCGGGAGGACGUUCGCGACGGGGCAGUCGCUCGGCGGCCACAUGAGGAAGCACUACGAGGGACCGCUGAUUAUUAUAAACAAGAAAAGAGCUCGCGAGCAGCGAGAGGAGACGCCCGCCCCGACAGUUGACAGCAGAGUUCGUGAACCGGCGCCGCCAACCGGCCGUACAGUGGCAUUGAUGGCAGCCGAGGAAGUGAGUUGCUUAAAUGCGCCUUUGGAAUCGCAUAACCCUGCGCUUCUGUCGCAAUCCGCGCAAGCGAGCGACGGUGGUGAUUGUGGGAGGAAUAAAGAAGAACCUGAAAGGUCGUCGGCAAGCAACGGAGCCUGCCGUCUGCUCGACUUGGACCUUAAUGAGCUGGCAGAGCCAGAGGAGGAGCCUAAGAACGCGCCACAGCUGGAACCGGAGAGGAAAGAUGAUGAUGGUGAUGAUGAUGAAUUGCUCUCCUUGCGACUUGGUCAAUUUGAUAUUCGGAGAUCUAGUCGUGUUUAA